AAAGUUUUUAGCUGAUUUAGGUUCAUUUCAGCACACAUGACAUCACUGCCUUUUCUGUCAAUAUCGUCAUCAUCGGUUUCGCAGACAUUACCAUUAAUCAAAAGAAAGGUUCAACAUAUCAUCAAUAUUUCCACAAUGUUGUGCUGUGGACGUAAAAAGGAUUCUCGAGGAGCUUCAAACCAACGUAUUGUUGGUGAAGGAGGAGGCCUCGGAAUGAGGUACAUGACUCAACCAGGUUACCCAAUAUAUCAAGAUCCUAUGGAUAUGCCAACUGGUGCAUUAGUUGGUGGACCACCUUUACGGCGUGCAGUUCAUUUUCCCGUGUCAGCUUAUAGUUUUCAUUCUGUAGAUACUGAUGGCUCUCGUCAUCCAGAUAUGGUUAUUCAAGGUGAUUUUCGUAAAGUGAGUGGUAUUACAUCAGAAAUAUUUAGACAAAUUGAAGCAGUUGAACGAGAGUAUGACGCUACCACUGCGGCUCAUAUGGAAGCAGCUGAGAAACGAGGGGAAAUGUUAAUACGUCUGUUGGAUCCUCGAAGUCUUGGUAAAGCGGGAGCUGAGGUUGCUCGAAAGUAUUUAGAACCAACUAGUUCAAUGGAUGGGUCAACAAGUGUACAGUUUGUUGAAAUAGUUAAACGACCCGGACAAACUUUAGGACUUUAUAUACGUGAAGGAGAUGGAUUUCGUUCUUCAGACGGUGUUUUCAUAUCAAGAAUUGCCUUAGAAAGUCCAGUGUAUAAUAGUGGCCUACUUAAAGUGGGCGAUGAGAUAUUAGCUGUUAAUUUAGUUGACGUUCGACGAAUGUCUCUGGACGAUGUUGUUAUCAUUAUGUCCAUACCAAGACGUUUGGUCCUUACCAUUCGAUCAAGAGCUGGUCGUUUAGGUGGACCAUUAAUAAGUGGCCCAGGGGGCAGUGUAAUGAUGGGCAAUAGGAGGUUGUACGAGGGUGAAGAAUAUCGUCAACCUCCUGUUGUUGUGUUGAAAAAAGAGUUUGGUGACGAAGAAUAUGGAACAGAUGAUUUAAGUAGCAAUAGAGACGAUGAGAAUGGCCAUUUGCUUUCUGAUCGACUCAAAGGACUAACAGGGGCUGAUCUUCCUCUUCAAGCUUUAGGUUAUCAUCAGAAUGAGAGUGAUUCUUAUUCUGAGUCUCCUUAUGGUUAUGUGAGAUUAGCACCUCGACAUCCUAGUGGAAGACCAACAGAUUCAUGGUCAGUUUCAGGAACUAUUAAUCGUAAACCUCCUUUUCCUGGUGUAGCGGGUAACAGUAUACCUGGUAUGGCAUCGAUGAAUAAUCCAUUAGGUGUACAAAGGUUCCCACGAACUAUGGACAGUUUGAAUCAAAUUUAUUCGGGUUACAAUUCAGAUGUAUCCUACUCGAGUGUUUCUAGAGGGGGAGUUCCCCCCACAGCUGGUAGAUCACCAAUGAUGAGUCGAUCAUUUAUUGAAAGAGGGUCACCAAGUCGAGCAGGAAAUCGUUACGCAGGUGAAGGCGAUUAUGCAGGAGUGGGAACCGGAUCUUUGAGACGCAAUAUCCGUCUUUUGAGAACCGAAAGUGAUAAUAAUAUAAGCCCACUAACACGAGACUUUAGACCUGAUCACUACAUUAGACCUCAAAGUAGAAGUUCAGGUCGAUCAAUGACUUCAGCAGAUUAUCACAGUUUAGUGGCCUACGGAAAAACACCCAAUGACAUUAGAUCCUCACUAUCAACUCAUGGAUUGUCUAGUAUACUUCGUAGAAGAGGUCAGCAUGCACAGGCUACCGAUGGUAGUGUCUCUGAUACAGAGGUUGGUGGGUUAACAGGGAGACAUCCUUCACAUUGGCGCCAUAAAUCCAGUGGACAUGGUCGAUAUGGUGGCCCUUCAUCCAGAGAGGUAUAUCAGUGGAAAAGUAGUUCACUUCCCCGUCAAAGUGGUUCUGGUCUGACAAGUGAUUAUCGUUACAACAGACCAAGCUCACAACUUAGAAGAGGUCAACGAGGUGGCCAAUCAGUGCGUUUUGAACGAAAUAACAAUGCAUACAAUGCUGCUUAUGAUGAUGAUAGUGAUGGAGCAUUAUCAGCACCAGAAUUACCAGAAAAUUACAGGUCAAAACGAUCAUUAGGUCGCCGCCAUAUGAGUGGUCGUCUUCCUCAAGAUGAAUACAAACAAUGGAUUCCUAGAGCUCCAUCAACAUCAGCAAUAUAUGAAACCAUUCGUCGAACAUCGGGUCGAUCGUCAGCCCUCCCAUCCGGUUUAAGCUCAACCAGCCUUAGUAGGAUAGCUCAUAGUGCUGAAAGUUUGCUUGAUACAAUAAGAACGGAGCAGCAGAAAAGUAUGCUAGCUGAUAUAUAUGCAAAUCGACCAGGACUCGGAACUGAUCGAUCAACUUCUCAAUUGCCUUCAUCUCUGCUUAAACCGGAUCUAUCUAGUGACUCUGUAUCGACAAUUGGUGUGUCUCAUUCUUUGCGUCCGGCUCCUGCUCCUUCUCGACCUCUGAUCUCUGCAGCCACGCCAACUGCAAUAGGUCCUACACCACCGGGAAUGCCAAACAGUGCAAACAUUACAAGUGGAGUUAUUCCAACUAGUGGGAUAUCUAGUAUAGGUGCCCCAGCAUCUGCAAUUUCAACUUUAACUGGUGAAAAUCUUCGUUCUAUUCCCCAUCCUACACCAGUGAAAGCAUCUGAAGAAGAACGAAUGCAUCUACUAACUUUGAAUCCUCGAGAAUUUUUUAAGUAUCGAUACGAAAAGCCUCCACCAGAGAGUGAAGUAUCUCCAUCAACAGGGACAGCUACUGGUGCAGCGACAUCAGGUCGAGAGGGAGAUGAAGAGUCAGGGGAAGCAGAUAAAAAAGAUACGCGCAAAAAGCCCCUUGGAUUUAAUGGAGUCCUUUGGAUUCAUUUACUUGCUGGCCGUGGUUUAAGGUCAGGAAGUGUUCCCACCAAUCAUCGUGAUUUAUAUUGUGUAAUCGAAUGUGAUCGUGUUCACAAGGCUAGAACAGUGGUUAGAAGUGGUGAAAGUAGUUUCGACUGGGAUGAAAUAUUUGAACUCGAUUUAGUUGAAAAUAAAGAGAUCUCAUUUCUCUUGUACAGCUGGGAUCCUCAGUAUCGUCAUAAAUUGUGCUACAAGGGUUCUAUUAAUUUAAUAGGCCUUUCCCUCAUCGAAACACCAGUUCAUAGUUUAGCACUAAAAAUGGAGCCCAAAGGAACUCUAUAUAUUAAAAUACGAUACAAAGAUAUAAGUAUAUCAUUCCAGCGAACUCCACUCAGUCCAACCAUUGCCCCAGCAAACGCUGUUUUCGGUUUAGGUCUUGAAUCAUUAGUUAACCGCGAAAACAGCGGCCUCUCAGUUCCUCUCAUUGUGAAGAGGUGUACACAAGAAGUUGAAAAACGAGGUCUAACUCUGGUUGGUAUCUAUCGUCUGUGUGGUUCAGCAGUACGGAAGAAACUUCUACGGGAAGCUUUCGAGAAAAAUUCAUGGCUUGUCGAUUUGUCCGCUGAGCAUGUGCCUGACAUCAAUGUUAUCACAAGUUUACUUAAAGAUUAUAUUAGAGAGUUACCUGAGCCACUUUUCACCAAAGCUUUAUUCGAUAUGAUGGUUGAUGGCUUGAGUGUUUGCCUUCCUGAUGAUCCUCCGGGUAAUGCUAAACUAAUGUUUAGCAUAUUAGAAUGUUUGCCCAAAAUAAAUAGAAGUACUGUUCUGUUCCUCAUGGACCAUCUUAAACUGGUUGAGAGUCAAAGUGAAAGAAAUAAAAUGAAUUCUCAAGCCUUGGCGACAGCAUUUGGUCCAUUAUUCACUGCUCACCCUGAAAGUGAAUCUUUAAGAAAACCUAUCGAGGUAUUCAAAUUCUUGAUUGAAAUCUGGCCCGCUCGAAGAGGCUCAACAUCGCACAGUAAUAGUACAGAUUCAUUGUUGAAUGGUAAAUCUGGUCAGCCUGGUACAGCACAAGGAAUACAUACUUCAUCAACAGGACCUCAUCAACACUCAGCUGAUCCAAGUAAAAUAUCAAAUUCUGGAGCUGUUGCAUCAGCACCAAGUCUACCAACAUCAACAUCAUCUUCCUCUUCAUCAAAAACCGGCCCUGUGAUAGGUUCAUCAUUAACUUAUGUUGCCUCAUCACGCGACCCUUACCAUUACCACAAUUACUCUCAUUUACAACAGUCACAACACCAACAGCCGCAUCAGACUCGAGCAUCUUUACCCUCGAGUAAUGAUGACAAUUUAGGAAUACCUUCGUUGACGCCUGGUCCUUCACCAACUCAGCUCAAUGAACGUUUAUCACCCGAUUCACCGCCAUCAACGCGUAAUUUUUUAACUAAGAAUCAAUCGACAUCUUCGCCUUCAUCAGCUCCUGUUUCUUCUCAAAAUUAUGCCGAAUUGUACAGUUCAACUAAUCCUUUUCGCUCUGAUCCCUACUCAUCACAAACAAAUCAAAGCUCAACAGUAUCUAAAGAAUUGGAAACAUCAGAAACUGCAAGAAUAAGAAUGGCAGGAGUAUUGACUGGUUCAAUAAAUACAAGUGAUCGAUCGACAAUAAAAAAAUCGGUUGCUUGGGCAGCAGGAACAAGGAAUAGUGAUGAAGCAGUCGAGUCUGGUUUUGGAAACAAUAACUUCAAUUUGAAUAGUAAUCCAAAUACUCAAGGAAACUACUCAUCGUCAACCUCAAAAGAAACAAAUCAUGGAGUCAAUGUAAUCACUACUAGUUCAUCUUCAUCUUCAUCAUCUUCUUCAUCCACCUCAUUGGUGAGAGAUCGUCAUCCAUCAUCUAAAGGUGAUAACAAUAAUACUAAAAACUAUUCAUCAUCGUCAUCAUCAUGAUUUUCACCAAUUACUAAAAAGAUGAACAAUUUCUUAAGCAAUUCAAAUACGUUUUUUGUGAUUGUUUUGUUCCUCACUUUUGAGUUAAAUUUCAGCCAAUUUUAUUGAAAACAUUUUACCACUCACAACUAUUAAUAAUACAUCAAUAUUUGCAUCAACAUUGUAUCAUGAUUAGGAUAAUGAUCACAUUAAUCUAAAAACCUUUGUUGUUAACCCCUUUUUCCUGGCCCUUUCAACUCACGAUACUCAUUGACACCCAAUUCACAAAUCCAAUUCAUUGAAUAAAGUUAACAUUAAACCAAA